AACUCGCUCCCCCUCAUCUUGUUCUUCUCACACCCUGUGAUUGGCUUCGUUGUUUCUGCUCGUCCAACCGAGAAGAAGAAGAAGAGAGGAGAAGGAAUAGUAGCUGAUUGGUACUGCGACUAUGGCGGAGAAUUGCUCGGUUCUCGAUACGUGGAUGUACCGCUCCUACGCCUGCAUCUCCGAGGCCGCCAUCGAACGCGAGAACGACGCACUCACCAAAGCCCUCCAGAUAUCUCUGCUCGCAGAUUCCUCCUCCUCCGCCGCCGCCGCCGCCAUCCCCUCCCCUGAGUCCUUCUCCACCGCCACCUCUUCCCUCGUUUGUCUCCCCACCGCCGUCAGUCAGUGUCACCGCCUGGACCCGCGUGCCGGGAGGGUGGCGAAGAAGCGCAGGUCGCGGGCGUCGAAGCGCUCGCUCACCACCUACAUCGCCGCCGACCCGACCAACUUCCGCGAGCUGGUCCAGCGGGCCACCGGAACUCGGGCUGGCGACUCGGCCGGGGAGCACCAGUAUCCGGCGGCGGCCGUGCAGGGGAGCCGUCUUCUUCCGACGCUCGACACGUCGUCGUUCCUGCGCGACCGGGCCGAUUUAGCCGGGCCGGAUGUAGCCGCUUCGUUCGGGCCGGCGAUGGAUGUCCCGGUUCUUCCUGAGUUCGACCCGUUCUUUGUGGUGUCGAACUAUCCCACGCUCGACUCGUGGGGCGUUAUCUAAACAUCUAUUACCGUGGCUGUUUUAAAUGACGUCCGAUGACCAUCGGACGGCUUUGGGCCACAUUGCAUAUGUAUAUUUGUUCUCCUUGUUCCUCAGACUGCUAAUGUUAGCUCUGUGUAGUUGAUGUGUUUCGA